CUAAAUGGGACAAGGCUGGGAGAAAUGCCAUGGACGAGCGCGGGAACACUGGGUCGGAGGAUACCGGAACGCUGCCGGUGUGUGUUAUUUGGCCUGCGGCUUUUUCGAUUGCAGGCGCUUGGCAGACCAUGAAUCGCGCACGGGCGUAAAAGUCAGACACUGUGGAAUGGCAGACACGACCGACUCGACUUGGCAUGGACACCCUCAGCUCGAUGUUGGUGGUCAGCGGCGACGCUCGCAGCUGCGGAAGUCGGCCAGAGGCGACUCGUGACUGCAGUGCUGGCAAGUGAUUGAUCUAUGAAAAGGAUGGCGGCUCGUCGAAUUGUUGAGCCCAACCAGACAACUUGCGCCAGAAACAAAACAUUGUUCCUGAAGGGCAAUAAGCGUCGAUCGGGCAAAUGUCUACCUUGGUACGGUCAAAUCAACGAAAAUUUUGCGACUGGCAGCCAGCCGUCCGUCCGGUCGUCUGCUCUCUGCGCGGUAUGUACCCUUGAGAGAGGUACAAGUCUGAGCAGAAGCGCACCAACAUCUAUUACCGCCCAGGUGGCACGCGGUUGGCGUCCAUUUAUUUUUUUUAAGCUCUGGGGGGAAUUACCGUGGCUUCGGGCGAGCGCAUGGCUUGUUUUGGCCUUGCCGGGUCCACUUCUCCGUCGUCUCCUGUCCUCGAGUUUUCUGUCAUUUCCCUGCAUCUGCAGGAUAGGUGUCGCCAUUAUGUCAUCAUCCCGCCUUGAACUUGCAGGGCACCAGACUGAGCUGGAGGUGUGUGUCCGUCCUUUCUUGACGGGACGGGUUUCCUCCCCCGAACGAACUGUGGAGAACUACUGUGCUGUACGGCAGCGGCGCUUCUGUAGGUACAUGACUCUUCUAGACUAGAGUAUCUUAGUUGACUUUGUCCAGUCUUUUCCUUGUCUCGGUUCAGUGCCCUUUUGCGUGCAUUCUAACUGUGGGGGGGAUUGGUACAGGAGGCAAAAAGUGGUGCCAUGUGAAGCUGCAUCGUGGGACGCAGGACACGGCGUG